ACUAAACAGAUUUAACCUUUAAUUUCAUGCACUUAUAUUCCAACUUUUAUCACUUAAAAUUAUACAUGCUAAUUAUAGAAUUUUAUUAAAUUUAUUUAUUUUCAUAUAACGUAAACAAAUAAAUGGAGAACAUCAUAAAAUUAACACUCAAUAAUAUCUCAAGUAAUGACUUCAGAGGGAAAGCCCGUAGAAAAAUGGCAGGCGGAUUAAUUUUAGGGAUUGACUUGGGUACUACUUCUGUAAAAGUUUGUGUUGUCAAUGUGACGUCACGGGAAGUGAUUGCUAAGCAGAGUAAGGAUACCCAGUCACAUACACCAAGCGAUCAAGGUACUGGGGGCAGUAAGCAAGAUGUUCAUAAGAUAAUUUAUGCUUUGAAUACGUGCGUUGCCAAGCUACCAAAAGACUUGCUUCGAAAGAUCACGCGUAUCGGAAUUUGUGGCCAGAUGCAUGGGGUUGUGUUUUGGAACAGUGGUAAAGUUAAAGCGUGGGAGAGAAUUGAACGAAAUGGAACUCUAGUAAGAUACGAUGUCGUUCAAGAAGAGCUAACGGCUCUUUACACUUGGCAAGAUUCACGAUGUGAUUCGGCCUUCAUAGAGUCCUUACCGAUGCCCCAAUCACACUUACCAACGUACUCGGGUUAUGGAGUUUCAACAAUGUUUUGGAUGGCAAAGCACAGACCAGAAAAGAUGUCGAGAUACAAUUGUGCCGGAACUAUACAGGAUUUCACAGUCGCUAUGCUGUGUGAUCUCGAAAAACCAGUGAUGUCUGUACAAAAUGCGGCCAGCUGGGGGUACUUUGAUUGCAAAAAUAAUUGUUGGAAUUUCACCCUCCUGAAGAGGGCUGAUUUUCCUGUUCACUUUCUGCCAGAAGUUGUAAACAGUGGCAAAUUCGUCGGAACGUUAGCAGAUGAUUGGCAUUCAAUUCCUAAAGGAACGCCAAUAGGGGCUGGUCUGGGUGAUUUGCAAUGCUCUGUGUUGGCCACCAUAGAAUCUGUACAUGAUGCUGUGUUAAACAUAUCGACAUCGGCUCAGCUGGCUUUUGUUGUCGAAAAUUACGAGCCCACCAAUGGUCCACCAGAAGUGUCCCCAAUAGAAUAUUUUCCAUAUUUUCAUGGCAAAUUUCUUGCAGUAGCAGCUUCAUUAAAUGGCGGAAAUGCUCUUGCAAUGUUUGUAAAAAUGUUACAACAAUGGACAAUGGAACUGGGAUUUUCCAUACCUCAAUCUCAAAUUUGGGAAAGAGUGUUGGCCCUCGGCUUAGAUGAUAACACCAGGUCUGAUUUACAAGUACAGCCCACUUUAUUAUGUGAACGUCACCAACCGGACGUGCAUGCUUCUGUAACAAACAUUAACAUUGGCAAUCUUGGACUUGGACAAGCUUUCCGUGCUCUCUGCCAUGGAUUGUUGCAAAAUUUGCACAAUAUGAUGCCGAGGGAUAUUUUAUCGAAGGCCCACAUUACAAGAAUUGUGGGGAACGGGUCGGGAUUAAGUCGAAAUAAGGUGUUGCAAAAAGAAGUGCAACAGUUAUAUCAGCUUCCGCUGGUUUUUACCACUGGUGGGGAUGCGGCAAAGGGUGCUGCAUUAGCUGUUAGUCUUUCAUGAUAAAUCUUCUCUAGUACAUAAAAUUUGUGAUUCUUGAAUUGUAUUUACAAUCGCUGUAUUUAUUACCAAUGACAUAAUGUAAUGGCUUCCGCAGGUGUGACGAGAAAAUUUUGUUACACAAGAAAAUCGCAUUUUAACCUCAUCUAUUGGUCAGAGAUGAGUAGGUACUUUUACGUACCAAUGCAUCCCUUAUGCGUUUAUGAUAGUACAUUAGAUUAGUUCUCACAGCAUGAUAAGCAUUCAUUUGUCUUUAGGCAUCCAAUCAUGUUGUAGCUGUUAUUAGUAAUGCCCUUACAUAUCAAUUGUAUAGUAUAAUGACAAUAAUAGUAUAAAAUGAACGUGCAUAACUGCAUGCAAUUAAGUAGGUACAAAUUUUAUAAUUCUUACAUAAUUGUUAUUGUUUGUCCAAAUGCGAUAUUAGUAAAAAUAAUAAAAAAAUUUCACUUCA